AUGAGUCGUAGGAGUCAACGCCUGCAAGAGGCCGGUUAUUACAGCGAGGAAGGAAGUCCUACUGUGGAAUACAAGGAGGUCUUGUGCAGGGUCUUUCGGAGGAGGACAGGAAAGGGCCAGGAUCACGAGCUGAGGGAACCAGUACACGACCACAAGUGGAUGGGCGACCACGAAUUGAUUCGCGAUCACAAGUGGAUAGGCGACCGUAAGUUGAUGGAUGACCAGCAGUCAGUUGACAACCAUGGAGACGCCGGCAGGAAAAUUGAGCGAGGGACUUCCAGGAAGAUCGGACAGAAAGAAUUAUGCUGUUUCUUCAUCUUGAUCCCUCUGGCUGUUGGUACGGCACAGGUGUGUUUUACAAUGAACGCGUACUGGGAUGAGUUGCAGACAUUGAGACCGCGUGUGAUGUUGCUUCCUCCAAACACGCCAAAUUUUGCUCUGGAGUCUCAAGGGGCAAGGGUGUUACAUCAUUGGACGACGCAAACGUAUUGGUCUCAGCAAAACACUGACGGAAUUUGGAACUCAAUAUUCAGCAGGUGUUUUCUAAAAAAUCAGAGACGAGUGAUUCAGGGACGUUCAGUAUUGCAUCCAGGAGAUUGCUGGGCCUUUGAAGGCGAACGAGGGCAUAUGGUAAUCUCCCUGUCCCACCCGGUCGCCAUCACCCAAGUGACUCUGGGCCACAUCACAAAGAGCCAGUCCAUCAUCGGAAACACUCCCAGCGCACCGAUGGAGUUUGAGGUCUACGGGAUGAGGAUCACGGGCGUAAGAGGAACCUUCCUGGGGAAAAUGGUGUACGAUCAAGACGGUCCAGCAUAUCAGACCUUUGAACUGCCUAAUCCCAGUAAAGAAGUCUUCCGCCACGUGAGGCUGCAGGUUUUAAAUAACUGGGGGGAGGUAGACUACACCACCGUUUACAAUUUUAGGGUGAACGGUGAGCUAAAGGUGGAUCAAGACAUCUGA